CAUGGUGGCCGCCAAGGUAAACUCGCGGACUCCCUAAGGAUUUCCAAAGGUUGUGUAGAGUCGCGGCUGAUUCCCGUGUCCGAUUCUACUCCUUGGUCGCCCUCCAUCGUGUGUAGUGCGCGCCUAACCUCAAAGUCGAUGACCACGGCACCCUAGGGCACCUGGUGGAGCCCGUCGCACGUGUCGCACCGCCCGGAGCCGCGAGUACCUGGACGAUGUCGCUCGUUGCGACGAGGCCGCGCCGCGGCGGCAGCAGCACCGAGGACGAGGAGAAGAAUCCCCAGGACGAGGAUUGGAAAAUGCCCAUCGCGUUUUGCAAACCCAGACACACUGCCACCAUCGAGGGCGUUAACUGUAUCACCCAGACCUGGCGCAUGAAGGAACGGAUGAAAACCGUCAGCGUGGCGCUGGUCCUGUGUCUGAAUGUCGGCGUCGACCCACCGGACAUAGUCAAGACUCAGCCUUGCGCACGACUUGAAUGUUGGAUCGACCCUUUGUCUGUGAGUCCACAAAAGGCUCUCGAGAUGAUCGGCUCAAACUUACAGAAGCAAUACGAAAGGUGGCAACCUCGAGCAAGGUAUAAGCAAAGUCUGGACCCUACGGUAGAGGAGGUCAAGAAACUGUGUACCUCUCUUCGUCGUAACGCUAAGGAGGAAAGAGUGCUCUUCCAUUACAACGGGCAUGGUGUUCCAAAGCCAACGAGUAAUGGAGAAAUUUGGGUGUUCAAUAGGACUUAUACACAAUAUAUUCCCCUGUCGGUGUACGACCUACAGACGUGGAUGGGCGCACCCUCCAUCUAUGUGUACGAUUGUUCCAAUGCAGGAAUCAUCGUAGAGUCUUUCCACCAGUUUGCUGAUCAGCACGAGAAGGAAUACGAGAUGGAGAAGCAAGCGGUUCAACAGAACCGAGCAACUGGUGUAGCUGGAGCAACUGCACCGUCGUAUAAGAAUUGCAUCCAGCUCGCAGCCUGUGCUGCGAACCAGAUUUUACCGAUGAAUCCGGACCUACCAGCUGAUAUUUUUACAUCGUGCCUCACUACUCCAAUUAAAAUAGCUCUACGUUGGUUUGUAAUGCAGAACACGUCUAAAUUAGUACCCAAUGUGUCUCUGGAUAUUAUCGAUAAAAUCCCUGGUCAGUUGAGCGAUCGGAGGACGAUGCUGGGAGAGCUUAACUGGAUCUUCACGGCCAUCACCGACACAAUAGCAUGGAACACCUUACCGAGAGAUUUGUUCCAGAGCCUAUUUAGACAAGAUCUACUAGUUGCUAGCCUGUUUAGGAAUUUCCUAUUGGCGGAGAGGAUCCUUCGCUCCUACGAUUGCACUCCAAUUUCAUCCCCGAAGCUGCCACCUACUUAUCAGCACCCCAUGUGGCAAGCUUGGGAUCUUGCGUUGGAUCUCUGUCUCGCUCAGCUUCCUGUAAUUAUGAAGUCCGAGGACCAGUUCGUACAUUCGCCAUUCUUCGAGGAACAAUUAACGGCUUUUCAAGUCUGGUUAACUCUUGGCUCGAAAUCCCGCAAUCCUCCGGAACAACUGCCAAUUGUUUUGCAAGUGCUACUCAGUCAGGUGCAUAGGCUACGGGCCCUCGAGCUCCUCGGUCGGUUUCUCGAUCUUGGCCCAUGGGCUGUCAAUCUUGCAUUAAGUGUCGGCAUAUUUCCCUACGUGCUGAAGCUCUUGCAGAGCAAUGCCAGGGAGUUGAGGCCUCUUCUCGUGUUCAUCUGGGCGAAAAUCCUCGCCGUAGACAGUACAUGCCAGGCAGAUCUGGUACGAGACGGUGGUUACAAAUACUUCUUAUCGGUGCUCCAGGAUGGCUCCAUGCCGAGCGAGCACAGAACGCUGGCAGCUUUCGUCCUGGCUAGUAUCGUAAACGACUAUCCCCAGGGGCAAGAAGCUGCAUUGCAAGGCAGUCUAGUCUCAAUUUGUCUCGAGCAGCUGGGAGACUCGAAUCCUUUGCUUCGUCAGUGGCUUUGUCUGUGCCUCGGAAGGCUUUGGCACAAUUACGAUACGGCAAGGUGGUGCGGAGUUCGUGACAUAGCUCAUGAGAAACUGUAUACCUUGCUGCAAGACCCCGUUCCUGAGGUUCGUGCUGCCAGCGUCUACGCCUUGGGAACUUUCAUCAACAGCGUGACUAAACGCAGUGAACACGCCAACAAUAUCGACCAGAUCAUCGCGAUGACGAUCCUGAACACGGUCACUUAUGACAUGUGUCCUUUGGUCAGAAAGGAACUGGUAGUCGCUCUCCAGUGGAUGGUCCUGCACUUCGAGAACUCCUUCGUCACCUUGGCCCUUGCCGAAGAGAACAGUCGCAAGGACCUCGUCGUCGAGACCCUAUCUCCUUUCAGUGGGAUGCGAAGGAUCGGCUCCAGGGAUAGAUUGAAGAUGCUCCUGCCAAACAAUACCUACACUGUAGACACUACUGACGGUUUUGGACCCGAUCGCAUUAAACGUGUUUCCUCAUCAUCAUCCAUCAGCAGUCUGGGGAAUAACUGGGAGUUCGUGAGGAAACCUUGCGAGUCACUUGGAUACAGUUCUCUGGGAAAUCUACCCAGUUUGUCGUAUGGCAGUGUCUAUAUGAAACUUUGGCACGGACUGUGUGGACUCGACACUGAUCCUCAUCCUGCGGUGGCUGCGAUUUGUCAAAAAGUCACCAAUCAUAUACGCAGUCAGGUGAAGGAGUCUUCGGCUCCGAAGGAGGUGAUAGAAACCAAGAUAUCCUCCUCGUUUUCUCUCCCACCUUCGCCAUCUAAUAGGACGAAUUUCCUAAGCAGUGGGAAAGGAGAGUCGCCACCGAGUGUCAACUCGGAUCUUAUGCGCUCUUCAAGGAUUCCCUCGCAUCCCAAUCGCUCGAGGAAACCGAUUCCUAACACGAUAUCGGAAGAGGCGGACGAGACUCCUGGCGUGAAGAAUCCUUUAACGACUUCUCAAUUUGUGGAAUGGAGCUGUGCACAGUUUGCGCAACCAGUUAGUUUAGAAUCCGAGACCGAAUCCACGAACGACGUAGAAAGCAGAGCACAUUAUGAACGCGAAUGGAGGUAUCUGAGAAAUAAAAGGCAACGAAGGGACGCCAAGGAGGAACAGCUAAAGGCCGUUCAUAGUAGAAUAGAGUCUCAGGUGUUCCAUGCUCGGAGUCCACAACCUCCUGAGGUCUUGGUAUUCCAUCCCUUCGAAACACAUCUGGCUGUGGCUUCGAAGGACUCCUUCGGGAUCUGGGACUGGGAGACUGGCACCAAAUUGACUUAUUGCACCAGCCGAGGCAGCAAAACCUCUCGAGUGACCGCCUUGGAGUUUAUUAAUUCUCAUGACGUUGCACUGUUAAUGGCAGGCUCCGAUGAUGGCUCCGUCAGGAUUUGGAAGAACUAUUGCAGCCUGAUGGGCAGGGACCCUACGUUGCUCACUGCAUGGCAGGCAUUGGCCGAUGUCCAGCCUGCCUCGAAGAGCGCUCCUGCUUCUGCUGGACUCGUCACCAGCUGGGAACAGAGAUCUCUUACUUUGGCGGUCACUGGAGAUGUGCGAGUGGUGAGGCUUUGGGAUGCUGAGACGGAGCUGAAGAAAACUGACAUUCCAACUGGGUCUGACUGCUGCGCUACUUGCUUGGACACCGAUGAUACUGGGGCCAUGAUGGCGCUGGGCUGUAGCGAUGGGUCCGUCAGACUGUUCGACCGAAGAUUGACUCCUGUGGAGGCUCGCGUCAUGACGUGGAGGGAACACAAUGCCUGGGUACUCAGGGUAUUCCUCAGGAAAAAUUCUGGACUACCCCCGAGACUCGUGUCCGGCUCUACCACGGGCGACAUAAAGAUCUUCGACCUUAGGAAGAACUCUUCGGUCAGCACUGUGCAGACCACGCAUGGCAUCACUGCUCUCGCGGUCCAUGAGGCUGCGGAUAUAUUUGCAUGUGGCUCCUCCCAUCAGUGCAUUACCGUCUACAAUACCGGCGGGCAGCAGCUGAACGCUAUUAAAUUCCACGAGGGCUUCAUGGGGACUCGCAUAGGAUCUGUCAGCUGUCUGAACUUCCAUCCCCAUCGCGUCGUCCUGGGAGCCGGAUGCCUCGACAGUUCGAUAUCGGCCUAUGCUUCCGAGCCGCGUAGAUGACUGUUACGGAUGGACCUCCUGUAGGGAUACGUUUUCGGAGAACGUAGGACCUCCUCGGCCCUCGUCCAGACGAGCUCCGAGGAGGACGCGUGAAGACCCUACGGAAAUUCGGGCCUCGAUACGUUCUCCAGAAAGAUAAAAGGAAUUCCACCGAGCUCGCCAGGACUCUUCGGGGCCAUCAGCUGAUCGAUGGCACUUUACUUCUCAAUCUCCAUUUAUACGUGAAAGAAACGGCUCUCGAGUAGUAUUAAUACUCUCGAGUAUUAGUAGAUCGGUGUCCUGGAAAUGUCCUGGCGAGUGGAGGGGCGAGAAAUUCUAAUCGCGAGUCGCGAUGAUCGGCUGAUCGGUGAUAAUGAUCCGUUUUUAAUCCUUUUCAUUGGUUUCUACUUCCUCGAAUCGGGAAUUUUUCUCACGAGUAUCGCGACGAUCAGCUGAUCGCUCAUCCUGGACGACGGCGACACUCCGGAUGCUUUGACUCGGAGAUGGACCGCAUUAAUUAUGCUAGCCGAUUUAGGCUUUAAUUCCUCGCGUGGAUUGUUGGCCGGAAUUACCGGUUGCAAAUCCAUCGACCGGGCUCUCGAUCUCUUCCGUGAUUCUGUUACGAAUAAAAUCAAUUACAGCGAUUAGAGGGCAAUUAGAGCACUAUCGCAAGGGGCCCGAUUGUCAUUUCUUCAUUGUAGAUUUUAGGGCUCGCUUUCGAAUCGCUGCCUGAUCGAUCUCACUUAUCAAUCGAAGCGAUUAGUGUCGCUAAUUGCACCGCGGUUUGCGCAAUUAUAGUUGACUUAGAGAAUUGCGGGUUAAUUAAUGCUGGCCCAUCUCUGUGCUUAAGGUUUUUAUGUAGUUAUGCCAGAAGCACAGCUUUUGUCGAAGUAGACUCUUCUCGAGGGCUUCGCAAUUGUUGACCGAUCUCGCGAGAUAUUUCGGGAUUUUACGUUCAAGCCGCCUCUCGUGUAAUUUUCUCGCCGGCGAUUUAUGCGGUACGAUUAAUUGUACAUACGUGUACACCCUCGUUAUUAAACGAAACACCGCUCGAGAAGGCACGCGCUCGUAGCUGGAAAUAUCUGAGGCUCGCUUUGCAGAAAAUGGCCAUUACCUUCUUUUUUUUUUCUCUCUCGGUUUUUCCUCUUUCUUUCUUUUUAUUUAACGUCUUCCGGAGAAUUCCUCGCGUAGAUAUUUAAUACACGGUUGUAAGGAAGGCCGACAAUUAGGUAUCCUUUUUGUUUUUCGACGAGAAAGCUGCGUUGAGCUUAAAAGCUUGUGGACACGAUCUCGAGGCGAAGUCGUUGCAUGACUUUUGAUAGAGCGUACAUACAAAUAUAUAUAUAUAUAUCGAUAUAUAUUUUUUUUAAAUAGGAUAACACACGUGUAUAUGCAUAGUAGGGCGCGAUGAAAAGAGAUUGCUCGUUUUUAGCCUCCGAUGUAAGUGAAAAAGUUGCUUCCGAAGGGGAAAGUAUAUCCCCUUCGUAGCAUGGAGUCCUUCGAUGAGCUUGUGGGAUUUGUUAAUGGAAAUUUGGUUUUAACAUUUGUUAAAUAAGUGGAAAUUACUGACGUGGAGAGAGAGAGAGUAACUUUGUUUGUCAGUCUUUUCCUUAAAUUUGUAUUUAUGCGUAUUUUAUGAGAUGGGGAAGAAUCGAUUUUCUUUUGCCUCGUAGUAGGACGCGCGGCGACCUUGUGAUAAUUGUGAACUGUACAUUUAAUUAACGUGUCUUUGGUUUAAGUAAUGAGAUUAUUGUCGAGGGGUUAAUUUUGAGCAAAUCGCGAUUAGUCGGACGAGAGGAGGGGCAGGGGUAAAAAGUGCGUAGGUCUUUUGUGAAUAUUGGUCACUUGUCCCGAUGCAGCUACCAAAAUGGCGGAUAAUCACGCAACGAGCGCCUGUAAACUGUCCUCUUAGGUAUUUGUUUUUUUCCCUUUGCUCGGAUAACGUAGACGGGUACCUAACUAGAGGAACCGAGAAAUUAAAUCCGCUUCUUGUGUACAUACAUACUUCCAAGUGGAAUUGUUACAACAAUAAAGUCGAAGGGAAUCGCACGCACUCGGAUUUGGAGGUUUCGAAUCGAUCUUCGAAGAGUUACUCUUAAAGUCACUGGUAGUGGUUCACUCGAUGGCUUAGUCUCGUAAUUGUGGUGAAUAAAGUCUAGUCUUAUGUAGGA